CCACCUCAAUUCAGGAGCGCAGGUGCCAGACUUCCCCAGGGCCCAAAGCCUACACAGGAAGAGCCGAAUAGAGGGAAAAACAAACACAAACCCCGAAGCUGCGCCUUUCCUUGCAGCAACCGACCACGUCCGUCCUCAGGCCUUCAGGUCACAGGACGACAAAAAUACCGUCGCUUGCCCGAGCCUUAUACUAGGAAUGAGGUUUUAUUGGUGGGGUUUCUCAGGUAUGGUGGAUACUUCUUUCUGAGACCUACUUGUAGGUUUUAGUGGUUGAAAAUGGCAGAACCAAACUCAGUCGAUGGCAUUCUGGAAUUUCUGCAAAGAAAUCGGUUCACAAGAGCUGAGGCAGCUUUGCGUAGUGAGCUGAACAAUCGUUCGGAUUUGAAUGGUUUCCUUCAGAAGCUUAUAAUUGGAGACAAAGGUAAGGACUUGGGAAAUGCGUUAGAGAAGGAGAAUGGGGACAAAAUAUUAGUGGAAAAUCAAGGUUCAAUGCCUCGGGAUAGCCGUAGUGUUUCACAGGAAUUAAUUGUGAAAGAGAUAGAGUGUGGGACUGGUAGAAAUGGGUCUGACAUCAAAUGGAACAAUGCUGCUGCUCCUGGUGACCGGAAUAAAAAUAAUGAAUUGGUUGGGACGAGUGACAAGAGCUUCACUUUCUUGAAAGGGUCGGAGGAUACAGUGAUUGAUCUGUAUUCGUUGAAGUCCAAUCUUAGUAAUGGUCCUGCUGGAGCUUAUCAGAAUGAAGAUGGUAGUAACUAUUUGGAGCUUCAGAGAUUGGGACAACCGAGGUACCCUACAAGUGAAGUUCCCGAUGCUGCUGGUAAAGCCCGUCUCAAGUCUGGAGAAGAGAUUAAUUUGUCUGCUGAAAAGAGAACUUCAUGGCUUGGAAGUACUAGUAAAGUGAAUCUGGAACCCAAGUAUGAGAGAAGCCAAGCAAGUGAGCCUAAAGAACUUGAUCAGAAACUUAAGACUAGUAGCACAUAUUUCAAAGAAAACUUUUCAGAUAAUCCAUGGUCUAGAAGUGAGGAGCGCACAAAUUCAUCUUCUGAUAUGUGGACAGAUUGUUCUGUCAAGACUGUUUUUCCGUUCGCCAAGGGGGAUAUGUCAACCAGUUAUGAUAAUGCCGCAGGUUCUGUCGAAAAAGAAGGGAAGAAAAAGUCAGAAAUGAUUGAUUUUAGGGCAGCAAUCAAAGAACAAGUGGAUAAGGUGGGAAGAACCUUGUUCUUAGGUAAUUCACAAGGAGGAUCCGAGCAUAAUACUAGCAGUUUGAGUUUUCCCUUUUCAUCCGAGAAUCAGAAGGAAGAAUUACCUAGGUUGCCACCUGUUAAACUGAAAUCAGAAGACAAGUCCGUGAAUGCUAAUUGGGAGGAAAAGUUUGAGAGAGAAGGAUCUGGUGCAAAACUCUCCAGUGCUGAUAACGCUCUCCUUAUAGGGUCAUACCUGGAUGUUCCUAUUGGACAAGAAAUUAACUCUGCAGCUGGAAAAAGAAUCCCGGGAGGUAGUUGGCUAUCUGUAAGUCAGGGAAUUGCAGAGGAUACAUCUGAUCUGGUUUCUGGUUUUGCUACUGUUGGUGAUGGAUUAAGUGAAUCUGUUGACUAUCCAAAUGAGUAUUGGGACUCUGAUGAAUAUGACGACGACGAUGAUGUUGGAUAUAUGAGACAACCUAUCGAGGAUGAGGCUUGGUUUCUGGCUCAUGAAAUUGAUUACCCAAGUGACAAUGAAAAGGGCACCGGGCAUGGCGGUGUCCCAGAUCUGCAGGAUAGAGCUCCAACCAAAGAUGAGGAUGAUGAUCAAUCUUUUGCUGAGGAGGAUUCUUACUUCUCUGGUGAGCAGUACUUUCAAGCAAAAAAUGCUGUACCGGUUACAGCUACAGAUGAUCCUAUGGGGCUGUCAACAACUGACAUAUAUGGAAGGACUGACGAUAAUGAUUUAAUUGCUCAAUAUGAUGGACAGUUGAUGGAUGAAGAAGAACUGAAUCUGAUGCGCACAGAACCUGUCUGGAAGGGCUUUGUGACUCAAACGAAUGAACUCAUCAUGUUAGGGGAUGGGAAAGUUCUGAAUGAGAGUGGGAGGUUGCAAAUAGAUGAUAUUUGUCUGGAUGAUGAUCAACAUGGUUCGGUCAGAUCAAUUGGUGUAGGGAUCAACAGUGAUGCUGCAGAUAUUGGCAGUGAAGUACGGGAAAGUUUGGUUGGAGGCAGUAGUGAAGGGGAUCUAGAAUACUUUCGUGAUCAUGAUGUUGGACUUGGUGGGUCUAGACAUCCUCAUCACUUGGACAAGAAAUAUAUUGAUAGAUCAAACAGAGAGAGAAAGAAAAGUACCAAUCAUGAGGCCAACAAAUAUGUCAUUGGGAAUGAUAAAGGUGUAAGUAUGCAGAUGAAAAAUCAGACUGAUGGGGGAUUUUCGUUCCCCCCACCACUGAGAGAUGGACAGUUGGAGCUGCCAGGCUCUAGUAAAUCUUUAUGGUCAAAUAACUGCAAUGCCAUCACCAGUGAUGAAACUGAUGCCUGUCUUAAUGCUUUGGUGGGGCCUGAUGACAUGCUUGCUUCAUGGAGGCGGAGAAGUAGUGAUUCUUCACCUGCCAAAAGUUCUCGGGAUGAAAAUAAUGCUAAUGCCAUGAGAUCCUCUGAUUCUACUACCUCAACAGUCUCUAAUUAUGGUUAUGAUGAAAGAGAGCAGGCAAAGCGAGAAGAAGACAAAACAACUAGUGGCUUAAGGGAAGAAGAUCCGGCAGCAUCACUCGAAGAUGAAGAGGCGGUAGCUGUGCAAGAGCAAGUACGACAGAUAAAGGCUCAGGAGGAAGAAUUUGAGACCUUUAACCUCAAGAUAGUGCACAGGAAAAACAGAACUGGCUUUGAAGAGGACAAGAAUUUCCACGUUGUUCUAAAUUCAGUCAUAGCUGGGCGUUAUCAUGUUACUGAGUAUCUUGGGUCAGCUGCGUUCAGUAAAGCUAUACAGGCACAUGACCUACACACUGGUAUGGAUGUCUGUGUAAAAAUUAUAAAGAACAACAAGGAUUUUUUUGAUCAGAGCCUUGAUGAGAUAAAGCUUCUCAAGUAUGUGAAUAAGCACGAUCCCGCUGACAAGUACCACAUUCUUCGAUUGUAUGAUUAUUUCUAUUAUCGAGAACAUUUGCUAAUAGUAUGUGAGCUUCUCAAGGCAAAUUUAUACGAGUUUCACAAAUUUAAUAGAGAAGCAGGAGGAGAGGUUUACUUCACGAUGCCAAGAUUGCAGUCAAUUACCAUUCAGUGUCUUGAAGCACUUCAGUUUCUGCAUGGCCUUGGCCUAAUACACUGUGACUUGAAGCCUGAAAAUAUAUUGGUGAAAAGUUACAGCAGAUGUGAGGUGAAGGUCAUUGAUCUUGGGAGCAGUUGUUUUGAGACAGAUCACCUCUGCUCCUAUGUUCAAUCCAGGUCCUAUCGAGCCCCAGAAGUUAUAUUGGGACUUCCAUAUGAUAAGAAGAUAGAUGUAUGGUCACUUGGCUGCAUCUUGGCAGAACUUUGUACUGGCAAUGUCCUCUUCCAAAAUGAUUCACCUGCAACAUUGCUAGCUCGUGUGAUUGGAAUUAUAGGUCCCAUAGAUCAAAGCAUGCUCGCCAAAGGAAGGGAUACGUACAAAUAUUUUAGCAAAAAUCACAUGCUUUAUGAACGAAAUCAGGAAACAAACAGGUUGGAAUACCUGAUACCCAAAAAGACAUCCUUAAGGCAUCGAUUGCCAAUGGGGGACCAAGGCUUCAUUGACUUUGUUGCUCAUAUACUAGAGAUAAACCCAAAAAAGCGCCCUUCAGCUUCAGAGGCUUUGAAGCACCCAUGGCUAUCUUAUCCAUACGAACCCAUAUCAUCCUGAACCUUUUAAGAUUCUGUCUCUGUGGAUGACAUGCUGUAGGUGCCCUCAUGGUUGGUUUUGGGUGUCUUAUUAAAGGGAAGGGAGCCACUUUGGAUUUCUGGCUGAAAAGGAUCGUUUAUUUAUGGUGAUCUUUUCGAAGACGCUGCACCUUACAUCCCUGCACAAUGCAUUGAAAGGUGUGCUUGGUUUUCUUGGUGAUACCAGCCUUUCCUUCCCAUUCCCAAGUUGUAUUCCAAUUAAACAUUACCAAGAAUGUUAUUUUUGCACGUGUAUUCUUAGGUGGGUGGGUGGGUGGGUUGGAAGAGAAAAGGGAGGGGGGUUGGCGCGGGGUGUUCUCUGCCUUGCUUUGUUUGGACUGGUGGAAGAAGAUUUAAAAUCCUGUUGUACAUGAUGUGUGAUAAUUCUUUAGGUUAUUUAGUAAUAUUUUUGUGAAAUAGCUUCUCAUCCAAA